CCACCUUAACCGCAUCGCAUCGAACCCCCUAAACUUUGCAGAAACACCCCUCGCCGACCCCCAUAUUUACGUAGCGCUCCGUGUUUGGAGAAAUUUUUGGAGCGGGGUUCUUUUGCGGGGAGGCCCCUGGUAAGUUUGCGAUUAUCGCGUCGGUGCCCUUCGCCGGAGCUGUGCCCCGUAUGAAUGGUCAAACCCCGAUGGGGCUCGCCGCCGCCGCCGCAGCCGCAGUGAGGCCCUGCCGCCGCCGGCUGCUGUCGUCCGCCACGGCGGCGGCGGCGGCGGGGGUGGGGGCGGGGGCUGGGGUGGGCGGGAUGGCGACCCCGCUGUUCCCGAGAUGCCCCCACCCGCACCACCACCCGCACGGCCGCCGCCUCCCGUUCCUCGCGUCGGCGGCGUCGCAGGCGUCGCAGCAGUCCGGGCAGGCCGCCUCGCCGCCGCCGGCGGGCCCUGUGACGGGCGACCCCCGCGCCGCCGUCUCCGGGAACCUCCCGUUCUUCGACCGCGUCCUCUUCCCGGACGCGUUCCCGCUCGAGACGCCGCCCGCCGCGAAGGAGGAGGAUGACGCCUCGGCGUCGGCGGCGAAGGCGGCUGAUGAGGAGCUGGCGUCGGCCCUCAGGGCGAGGGAGGAAACGGAGACGGAGCGGGAGGCGUGGAGGCUGCUGAGGAGGGCGGUGGUGAGCUACUGCGGCGCGCCGGUGGGGACGGUGGCGGCGGAGGAUCCCGAGUGCACGGAGACGCUCAACUACGACCAGGUCUUCAUCCGGGACUUCGUGCCCUCGGCGCUCGCCUUCCUCAUGCGCGGCGAGACCGAGAUCGUGCGCAACUUCCUCCUCCACACCCUGCAGCUGCAGAGUUGGGAGAAAACCGUUGACUGUUACAGCCCUGGGCAAGGCUUGAUGCCAGCUAGCUUUAAAAUUAGGGCUGUGCCUCUUGAUGACAAUAAUGAAGCAUUUGAGGAGGUUUUGGACCCUGACUUUGGAGAGUCAGCUAUUGGACGUGUAGCUCCUGUGGAUUCAGGACUUUGGUGGAUUAUUUUGCUGAGAGCAUACUGCAAGAUUACAGGGGACUAUGCACUGCAGGAAAGAGUAGAUGUGCAAACUGGCAUUAAACUUAUCUUAAGCUUGUGUUUGUCUGAUGGGUUCGAUAUGUUCCCAACUUUACUGGUCACAGACGGAUCAUGCAUGAUAGACAGGAGAAUGGGAAUACAUGGGCACCCACUUGAGAUUCAAGCUUUGUUCUACUCUGCUCUACGGUGCUCACGGGAAAUGCUUGUUCUGAAUGAUGGAUCGAAAAAUCUCCUUCGUGCCAUUAACAACAGGCUCAGUGCGUUAUCUUUUCACAUCAGGGAAUACUACUGGGUUGACAUGAAAAAGAUAAAUGAGAUAUACAGAUACAAAACAGAAGAAUACUCCCAUGAUGCAACAAACAAAUUCAACAUUUAUCCCGAGCAAAUCCCUUCUUGGCUUGUUGACUGGAUUCCUGAGAAAGGUGGUUAUCUCAUUGGGAACCUGCAGCCAGCUCACAUGGAUUUCAGGUUCUUCUCUCUCGGUAACCUUUGGGCUAUAGCUUCGUCACUAACUACUCCAAAACAAGCUGAGGGCAUACUUAGCCUUAUUGAAGAGAAAUGGGAUGAUCUUGUAGCAAACAUGCCCCUCAAGAUAUGUUACCCUGCAAUGGAAGACGAUGAAUGGCGCAUUAUUACUGGCAGUGAUCCUAAGAACACCCCAUGGUCAUAUCAUAAUGGUGGAUCUUGGCCAACUCUGCUGUGGCAGUUCACAUUGGCCUGCAUCAAAAUGGGAAGACCAGAGUUGGCCCGACGAGCCAUUGCUGUGGCUGAGGAGAGGCUCACAGCUGACAAGUGGCCGGAAUACUAUGACACCCGGUCUGGAAGGUUCAUUGGGAAGCAAUCCCGAUCAUAUCAGACCUGGACCAUUGCUGGUUUUCUGACCUCCAAGAUGCUAUUGGAAAACCCUGAGCUGGCCUCUAUUCUGACCUGUGAUGAGGACCUUGAGCUGCUUGAAGGCUGUGCGUGCUGCCUUUCUAAGAAGAGAACUAGAUGCUCACGCCGUGCAGCCAAGUCCCAUGUCGUUGAGUAAAACUGCAGAGUCCGUUUUAUUAAUGCUACUCUGCAGGCAUAAGUAUACUACCUGUCGACAAUUAACUGAGAACGGACACACUAUAGCCAUGUACAUUAGUAUAGAUUUACAUUAGAUAUCCAUCCAUUCAUUUUCCUCAAUGUGCGCUCAUUCGUUUUUGCUGAGCUGCCAUUGAUGGGAUUGGAACUACCCUGGGUGAUACCGGUGGUCGAUGAGAGCAACACUGAUUCAGGUCUCUGGCUCUCAUGUACACAGGAAAUUGAGAUUUGUUGUUGUGUUCGGUCCACCAGCAGCUCCUAAUUCGGGAGUGCUGCGAAGCCCUAACCAUUGUAUCCAUUGUCAGUAUUUAAGCUGUAUCUUGCUUGUAUCAUUGGCAAACUAAACCAAGACACCAUUUUCAUGUUGUCUUCAUGAACUAUAAUAAUGCUAUGAAUUCUAUGAUUA